AAUGUGUUGACAUGGCUUUACUCACUUUAUUCAAAGCAGCAACACUUCAAGGAAUGAACAAUCAUGUCUUUAUUGCUUACGCUUAUGUUGUUGAGCAAGAGUGGUUCCUCCACUCAGUUUCUCCAUUAUAUGGAAAAGUGUGCUUCUUGGGGCAAUAGGGUAAUGGAAAACUGACCUUUUACUUUACUACAAUAUCUGAUUUGAAUGUUGUUGAGAUAUGAAUGGAUAUGUACUAUAAUUAUCAAAGUUAUCUUAAGUUUUUGGAGGUUAUUUGUAGGUUAGUCACAGUUCAACUAUGGCAAAAUAAUCCGUGAUAAAGAUUUUUAUGGACCCUUUUUAAGUACGAUUUAACUGUGACAAAUUUUAAACCCUAUGCGAUAGUCUGUCUUGCACGGCCCUCAAAAUUUACUUACCUUUGAGUUUGAAUUUCAGAUUAACAAGAUCCCUUUCUUUUUGAAAACCGAAGGGUUAAGACCAAAAAGUAUUAUUAAUUUUGUUAUAACUAGCGUUUGAUGUUGGUUAGUUUUGGUCAAAGUGGUCUCAUUAAUUUUAUGCUUGUGAUGAUUUGUGUUUCGUGUUUUGGAAUUGUAUGGUCCUGUUAUGCAGAUGUGGAUCUCAGAUUCUGGGGUAUAUUGGUAUUAAUUAUAGUUCUCCAACACUUUCUUCAGCAAUUGCUAAUCUCGUACCUGCUUUUACUUUCAUGCUAGCUGUUACUUUCAGGAUGGAAAAGUUAGCUUUUAAGAGUAGAAGUAGUAAUGCUAAAGUAGUGGGAAGCAUAAUAUCAAUAGCAGGUGCUUUUGUCAUGACUUUUUACAAAGGAAAAUCCAUCUUGAAUUCCUCACCACUUCAUCAACCAAUUGGCUUUCUCAACUCAAUGGAUUCAAGUUGGGCCAUUGCUGGCAUUAUUCUAACAGUUGACUACUUUCUGCUUUCACUAUGGUAUAUUUUACAGGUACAUAUCUUGAAAGAGUUCCCAGAUGAACUAACCUUAGUCUUGUUAUAUUCCACAACUGCAACAAUCAUAUCAAUAGUUGUAGCUUUGUUAUCAGUUCCAAAUGCAAGUGCUUGGAAAAUAGGACUAAAUCUCUCACUCAUCUCCAUUGUUUCUUCUGGAAUAUUUGGAAAGUUAAUAGGCAAUCUAAUUUAUGCCUGGUCAGUUCACUUAAAGGGGGCUGUCUAUGUUACAUCAUUCAUGCCACUCCAAAUCGCUAUUUCUGGUAUCUUGGGAGUUAUAUUCCUUGGUGAUACGCUUCAUAUCGGAAGUAUAAUUGGAGCCAUAAUCAUCUCAAUUGGCUUUUAUGGUGUAUUAUGGGGCAAAGCAACAGAAGAGAUAGAGGAAGAUGUUGGUAGUCUGGAUUCAUUAUCUACAGAGAAUGCACCUCUGUUGCAAAGUUAUACAACUCAAUCUUUUGAAAAGAAAAUAGAUGGAAAUGUUUAAAAACAUGAUUAUCAAAUCAGAGAUUCAAUUACAAACCAGAAUUCUUAUCGGUCGAAGAGUCAUGAAUCAAAUUUUGUAAUGAAUGGCAAGAUUCAAGCACAAUAAAAUAUGACAUUUUAAGUAAAAAUAAGUUUUGGUCCUAUUUUUGUUUGAAGAGUAAUCUAAAUUCACAUUUAAGGUUUAAGGUCCUAUUUUUGUUCCUAUUUCAUUUUAAGUUGCAUUUAGAUAUAAGGUUUAAAUGUAUUUUUUGGCCAUGCACUAUGGCAAAAGUUAACUUUUAGUCUCAUAUUUUAAAAAUCAGCUUUUUAUCCUUGAACUUUGUAUCACUAACAAUUUUAAAUAAAAUUAAUAAUUUAAGUGUUUAAAUAAAAGAUUGAGAAUCAUUUUAUCGUUCCACUCAUCAUCUUCUUCCCCUUUCCAACCUGCAAAUCCUAAGUCUCAAAUCCAAAACCUAAUACUUUGAAUCCAAACACAUAUCAAUCAUCUCCUUUUAGCUCUAACCUCCAACCCAAUUGUCAUAAUAGUAUGUUUAAGAAAUCCGUAAGCAACAGCAAUAACAUAUUUUGUUGCGUGAGUAGCGAAUGCAAAAGUGGUCUUAAUGCGUCAUUGAUGACGACAUGGACAAAUGCGAAUCCAGGUCACCGUUUUUAUGGUUUUGAUACAUGGUUACAAGAAGUGUAACCACUUUGUUUGGUUGAACGAAGAAAUCAACCCUAGAGCGAAGGAAGUUAUCUCUACAUUAAUGCGGAAUUUAACUGAUGAGAAGUAGAAUGUUAAAGAUGUCAAUAUUAAAGAUGAAGAAAUGAAGAUAAAGAUGAAACUUUUGAAGAAACAGUUGAAGUUCAACUGGAUGAUGACCAUCAUCAUGUUAUUUUUCUUAGUUGCUUCAAUUCUAAUGAAAUAGGUGUUUAGUUGAUUAGUUGUUAUUUGAUUAGGUUGUAAUUCUGCUUCAAUUCUAAUGUAAUUCAAGGUUCAUUAUUGAAGUGUAAUUUUGCUUCAAUUAUAAUGAAAUUUUGCUUCAAUUCUCAUGUAACUAUGGGUUCAUUAUUGAAUGUUAUUGGAUAUGUUGAAUGUUA